AUGUUAUUUGAAAGUUCCAUUAGAUAAGGGGAUCCUCGUCUUUCUAAUCGAAAUAAAUCAGGAUAGGCAACUGAAGUAUCAAAUGCUUAUGAUUAAUCAUUCAAUGGAAGAGUUAUUUAUGCAAGAAAUCUAUAUUCAAAAUUAUUCUUACAAUUAGUUAUUGUUUGUAUUUCUUAAUCAUAAUUUAGGUAUUUAUGCAUGGAUCGUGCAUUCUUUACCUAAUUUAGAUAGUUUCUUAGAAAAAUAGAUGUGGAUAUUUUGGUUGAGUUUAGGGCUCUGUAUAGGAAUAGCCACAUUAACAUUUAUUUAUAGGAAUUCAUUAAAAACUGCUCCUAUUAAUUGGAUAGUUUUCUUUUUAUUUACUCUAUCUUUGGCCUCAAUGUGCGGUUGUUUAUUAGCAUUUGGUAACUCAUAAGUUGGUUUAAUGAUUUUUGUGAAUUUUGCAAGUAUCAAAAAGAUUUUAUUUUAGCUCUAAUAUUUUUUUUAUUUUUGUAUUCUUCAACUGUUAAAAGAAAGAUAACUUAUUCUGGAGCUGUCCUUUUUGUGUCUGCAGGAAUAUUGAUUGUAUUUGAGAUGUUUACAAUAUUUUCUCAAAUCUCAUUAGUUUGGAUUAUGAUCAUUUCUUUGUCCUCCUUUUUAUUUGCAUUUUUAUUGCUUUAUGAUACCUACUCAAAUUUGAAGUAUUUAUUCUCAUUAUUAUCUAUUUAGUGCUGAUGUUACUUAUGAUAUCCAAACAGCAGAUGAUGUGAGUGGUAGUGUAACUGUAUAUUGGGAUAUAAUAUUAUUAUUUUUGAAAAUGGCAGAACUUAUCAAAGAUAAUCUAUUUAAUAGAAAAAAUUGA